CCGGAAGCGGAAAUAGCACCCGGCGCCGCCAGAGUAACCAUACCUGCCACCGCGAUGCCGAAGGGUCCCAAGCAGCAGCCGCCCGAACCCGAGUGGAUCGGGGACGGAGAGAGCACGAGCGCCGCAGACAGAGUGGUGAAGAAAGGGAAGAAGGACAAGAAGACCAAAAAGACGUUCUUUGAAGAGCUGGCGGUAGAAGAGACACAGGCGGGGGGAGAAGAGAAAGCGCGCAAGGAGCAGCAGCAGCAGCAGCAGCAGCAGCAGCAGCAAAAAAAGAAACGAGACACCCGGAAAGGCCGGAGGAAGAAGGAUGUGGAUGAUGACGGCGAGGAGAAGGAACUCCUGGAGCGGCUGCAGAAGCUCUCGGUGCCCGCCAGUGACGAGGAGGGAGAGGGUAAUGUUCCUGCCCUGAAAUCCCGAGGAGGGAAGAAAACCAAGGGAGGCAAUGCUUUUGCAGCCCUGAUUCAGGAUCAGAGUGAGGAAGAGGAGGAGGAAGAAAAACACCCUCCUAAGCCUGCCAAGCCGGAGAAAAAUCGGAUCAAUAAGCCUCAGAAUAAAUUUUCCGCUCUGGACGAUGAAGGUGAAGAGGAUGGAGAAGAACAUCUAACAAAAGACAAAGAGCCAUCCAAGCAAGGGAAGGAGAAGGCCAAGAAGGCAGAGCAGGGUUCAGAGGAGGAAGGAGAGGAGGACGACGGGGAGGCUAAGGCCGACGAUCCCUAUGCCCACCUCAGCAAAAAAGAGAAGAAAAAGCUGAAGAAACAGAUGGAGUAUGAGCGCCAGGUGGCUUCGCUGAAGGCAGCCAAUGCUGCUGAGAAUGACUUCUCCGUGUCGCAAGCGGAGGUGUCCUCCCGCCAAGCCAUGCUAGAGAACGCGUCUGACAUCAAGCUGGAGAAGUUCAGCAUCUCUGCCCACGGCAAGGAGCUGUUCGUCAACGCAGACCUGUACAUAGUGGCCGGCCGCCGCUACGGGCUGGUGGGGCCCAACGGCAAGGGCAAGACCACCCUCCUCAAGCACAUCGCCAACCGAGCCUUGAGCAUCCCCCCCAACAUCGACGUGCUGCUCUGUGAGCAGGAGGUGGUAGCGGAUGGAACGCCGGCCGUACAGGCUGUUCUUCGCGCCGACACCAAGCGAUUAAAGCUGCUGGAGGAGGAGCGACAGCUGCAGGUGCAGCUGGAGCAGGGCGACGACACAGCGGCUGAGCGGCUGGAGAAGGUGUAUGAGGAACUGCGGGCUACCGGCGCAGCAGCCGCAGAGGCCAAAGCCCGGCGGAUCCUGGCUGGUCUGGGCUUCGAUCCUGAAAUGCAGAAUCGGCCCACACAGAAGUUCUCAGGAGGCUGGCGCAUGCGUGUCUCCCUGGCCAGGGCGCUGUUCAUGGAGCCCACGCUGCUGCUGCUGGACGAGCCCACCAACCACCUGGACCUCAAUGCUGUCAUCUGGCUCAACAACUACCUGCAGGGCUGGCGGAAGACGUUGCUCAUCGUCUCCCAUGACCAGGGCUUCCUGGAUGACGUCUGCACUGACAUCAUCCACCUCGACGCCCAGCGGCUCCACUACUACAGGGGCAAUUACAUGACCUUCAAGAAGAUGUACCAGCAAAAGCAGAAGGAGCUGCUGAAGCAGUAUGAGAAGCAGGAGAAGAAGCUGAAGGAGCUGAAGGCGGGCGGCAAGUCCACCAAGCAGGCGGAAAAGCAAACAAAGGAAGCCUUGACUCGGAAGCAGCAGAAGUGCCGACGAAAAAACCAGGACGAGGAAUCGCAGGAGGCCCCCGAGCUCCUGAAGCGCCCCAAGGAGUACACUGUGCGCUUCACGUUCCCGAACCCCCCGCCGCUCAGCCCUCCUGUGCUGGGCCUGCACGGUGUGACGUUUGGCUAUGAGGGGCAGAAACCACUCUUUAAGAACCUGGAUUUUGGCAUCGACAUGGACUCAAGAAUCUGCAUCGUGGGCCCUAACGGUGUGGGGAAGAGCACCCUGCUCCUGCUGCUGACGGGCAAGCUGACGCCGACUCGGGGGGAAAUGAGAAAGAACCACCGGCUGAAAAUUGGCUUCUUCAACCAGCAGUAUGCAGAGCAGCUGCACAUGGAGGAGACGCCCACUGAGUACCUGCAGCAGGCCUUCAACCUGCCCUACCAGGAUGCCCGCAAGUGCCUGGGCCGCUUCGGCCUGGAGAGCCAUGCCCACACCAUCCAGAUCUGCAAACUCUCCGGUGGGCAGAAAGCCCGAGUCGUGUUUGCGGAGCUGGCCUGCCGGGAGCCCGACGUCCUCAUCUUGGAUGAGCCCACCAACAACUUGGACAUCGAGUCCAUCGAUGCUCUGGGGGAGGCCGUCAACGAGUACAAGGGUGCUGUGAUCGUCGUCAGCCACGACGCCCGGCUCAUCACGGAAACGGGCUGCCAGCUGUGGGUGGUGGAGGAGCAGAGCGUCAGCCAGAUCGACGGGGACUUCGAAGACUACAAGCGGGAGGUGCUGGAGGCCCUGGGUGAAGUCAUGGUCAACCGGCCCCGAGAGUGACCGCCCGCCCUCCCUCCCGGUGGGCUCCGCGGGCCAGAUGCACGGGCUGCCUUUCCUGAAAGACGCGUCACUUGCUUCUGCUAUAACUGAGGCGGCCUAGUGCCCACACCCUCUGCGCCAGCAGAGGCGACGGGACCUUUGUUAUCGUGGGUUCGUCCAGCCAGACUUCUGUGGCCCCGAGUCUCCUCCUUCCUCACCUGUCUCUGGUCCACCUGGGGGCUGAGGCCCUGGGCUCUGAGCGGCGCUGCUUUUUCCGUGGAUUCCCUGCCAAGGGCUGUGGCCGCUCUGCCGGGGAGAGGGGCCUGCAUCGUGUCUGCUUGCAGGCGGGGGGCGGGCAGGCGAGUGUCCCUGUGCCACGGGAGGAAUAAAGGAGGCGCUGCUGCCGGUCGCAGUUGUGGGCGCUGGGACUGUG